GCCUUGCGCUCGUCUUCUGCUUGCACGCGGUCUCAUUCCGACCAAUCACAGGGCAGCGUUUUGUUCUGCAAUGGCGGAGACAAUGAAGCUGAGUGGAAACCCUCCUGCUCCAAAUGAAUCCAGCAACAUGUCCAGCUACAGGGACUGCAUGUGUGCGGUAUUGAGGCAUUUAGCAGACUUCGGGAGAGAGCUAAAAAUGGGCGAAAAUGCUCUGAGGAUAGACAUCAAUGUUGAUGCUGUGGAUCUUCCAUCAUCUCCAGAAGCUCAUGUUUACAGCUAUUUGCAGGAGCAUAUCAUGAAAUUACAGGCUGUUUCAGAAAACGUAAAGAUACUCAUGGAUGCGGAUGCAGCAUCUGCAAAAGGCAGUGUUUCAAAUGAUGCUGUCACCACAUCAUCACUAACAGAGCAGACGUCUGCACUGUUGGAGCCGCAUCCUCCUGGCUCAGACGCUGCAGAAAGCAAGACGGCAUCCGAUGACAUCAUGGUUCAGAUCAGAGCCAGAAAGUCAGAGAUUGAGCGAAGAAUAUCUGCAUUUAUGGAACGCAAGCAGAUGGAGAUCAAUGAAAACAAUGUACGCGAGUUCUGCAACGUGAUCGACUGCAAUCAGGAAAACAGCUGUGCCAGGACAGAUGCAGUUUUCACACCGUAUCCAGGUUUUAAAAGCCACGUCAAAGUUACGCGAGUGAUAAACACAUAUGGGCCCCAGACUCGGAGCGGCCAAGGAGAGGCUGGGGAGCAGCAGAGGGGCCCAAUGAUAAGAGACUGUGGAAAUGCAGCCAUAGAGGAACGACUUCAUAACAUCGAGACACACCUGAAACUACCGAAAGCAGGCCCAGUUCCAUUGAGUGUGUACCACAGGCUAAAGAAGCUGGAGGAUCGUAUCCUGGAGUUGGAGGGACUCUCACCAGAGUACUUUCAGUCCGCGAGUCACCUGCACAAGCGACCAAAGACGACUCCGGCCCAGGCGUGCAGUCUGACAGAGCUGGAUGAGAAGAUCAGUGCAGUGAAAGCGGCACUACUAAAAAGGGCGACUGAAUUCGGGCCUGGAUAUGGAGCAGAGUGUCCGAUGUGACAUGCUGUAGAAUACAAGUAGUGCACCAAACACAACAUGUCUUUUAAUGUAUCACUGAAUCGCUUUGUACAAGCUUCAUUUCAUCUUCAUUACAAACAGAACAACUUUAUUUCCUCUAAGUGAUUUUCAGGGGUGAAUCUUCUCCGUCACUAUGUGACUGUUGUGAAUGUGAUUGUUCAGAUUUUUAUCAGUCAGUCCAACAGAAAGAACAAGUUAAUGUCAUAAAUAAACUGCUAUUUUCACUGUCAGCCCUGUAACACUAGUGUAUCAUUCCUUCUGUUUCUGUGGCGUUUCAAUGCAAUCAAACUUUCCCUCGUCUGCAACAUGAUGUCCGCACAGUGAGCUUUUAUUUUGGUAGCGUGUCAUGCCAUUGUCUUGUCUGGACAUGUCUUGUGACAGUUUAUAUGUGCCACUUUAUUCAUUCCAGCCAGAGUGAAAUAAAGGAGAAUGAUUAUCGCA